AACUGUGCAGGUCACACAAUUCCCAUUGGAAUGGCAUAGACAUGUUUUGAAUUGCUGUGUGAAAUUCAAAACUAUAGUUCAGUAUUUUCAUAAAGUUAUUGUAGAUUUCACGCAUGGGUAGCCUACUAUAAGGGCGAGGAGUUACCAUUUGGGCAAGUGUAGGCUACUCCAUCAAGGGUGGGUGUGAGGAGAAUAUCAUUUAUUGUUGUACAUAUGUGACUACGUCGUGGCCUCUUCUUCCUUGUUGAGUCUGUCAUUGGAACAAACCUCCCACUCAUUUACGAAUCACGAGAGUUCGAAGUUUAACGAGGUGGACAAGGGAAACGUGCGGUGCAUCGAAGGCCAGUUCUGCUGGUCCAGAUUGUACAGAAAAGUUUUUUAAACGCUUGAGUUUGUUGAGAAAGGCGUCUUUAUGAUAUCAUCAUUAUUGUCUCUGUAGCGGGAUACAACAGAUCAUAAACCAGUAAACUCGCUAGCUUGUUAGCAAGCUAACUAAAGGGGUAGUGGGGAAGUCGUGGGGCAGGAAGGAGGUGUUUCCUUGACUCGCGGUAGGCAGUAUUUUUGUGAGUCUGCUAGCUCCCAGCUAACUAGCGUAGCCUUGUAACACACCCCCUGUCGCACAGUGUCGUUUACCUGCAGAUGGCUUGCGGGUAGUGGCGAUUCUCUGUCAGCUUAUUUGAGAAUUGUAUACGUCUUUGGGCAUGCCUUUUUAAUGCGUUUGUCGCACCCUCAGCUGCAGGGUAACGUUAGCUAGCCAGCCAGAUAGGUCGUUGUUGAACGCCUGUCUGCUUGCUAGCCUUGUCUGUCUAGCUUGCUAGGUUACAAUCGACAGCGUGGUGGACAUUAUCUAGCUUAUCGUGUAGCAGAUAGCGUCCUUGCUAACUGGGUUUGUUUGAUCAAAUCUGCCAAUAUUGUGAGCAUCUGGUACAAUAUAUCGUUAGUCGGUAACGAGUUACAUCUUUUAGAGUCUCUGCCAUGACAUUCAAGUGAUUGAAGUCAACGGCACCACAAGAAGUCGGUCGCAGAGAGAAUGCAGGACAAAGACUGGAGAUGAGAAGGUAGCUGAGCAAGUUUGAACAUUUCUCUGCGUCUCGGUACUGUCAGUAACAGCCCCAAAAGAGCACGGUCGAAGAAGUGGACAGUUCAUAUCAGAAUCAAGAAUGAAGAAGUUUUCUCGAAUGCCAAAGUCGGAAAGCGGCGGACUGGGAGGUGGCUCUGGGUCCGGAGGGGGCACGGGAGUCACAAACUACAUCGGGAAGGUGUUUGCUGUCGGCCGAUACCAGGUCACCGUGGAUGAGCUGAUUGCAGAAGGUGGGUUCUCUGUGGUCUUUCUGGCACGCACACACAGUGGCGUCCGCUGUGCCCUGAAGAGGAUGUAUGUUAACAAUGUGCCCGACCUCAACAUCUUCAAGCGUGAGAUCACAAUCAUGAAAGAGCUGUCUGGACACAAGAACAUUGUGAGCUAUCUGGAUUCGGCCAUCAACGGAGUGGGAGACAGUGUAUGGGAAGUCCUCAUCCUCAUGGAGUUCUGCAAAGCGGGUCAGGUGGUCAAGCAGAUGAACGAGCGGCUGCACGUGGGCUUCACGGAGGCUGAGGUGCUGCACAUCUUCUGUGACACUUGCGAGGCCGUCGCCCGGCUGCAUCAGUGCAAGACGCCCGUCAUCCACCGCGACCUCAAGGUUGAGAACAUCCUGCUGAAUGACCAUGGAAACUACGUGCUGUGUGACUUUGGCAGUUCUACACACAAAGUUUUGCUGCCGCAGAAGGAUGGGGUGACUGCAGUGGAGGACGAGAUCAAGAGGUACACAACGUUGUCAUAUCGAGCCCCAGAGAUGGUUAACCUGUAUGCUGGGAAAGCUAUCACCACUAAGGCUGAUAUAUGGGCGCUCGGAUGCUUGUUGUACAAGCUGUGCUUCUUCACGCUUCCAUUUGGGGAGAGUCAAGUUGCCAUAUGUGACGGAACCUUCUCUGUUCCCGAUAGUUCCAAAUACUCCUUAAAAUUGCACUGUUUGAUCCGAUAUAUGCUCGAGCCUGACCAGGAGAAGAGGCCAGACAUCUAUCAGGUCUCCUACUUUGCCUUCAAGCUGGCAGGGAAGGACUGUCCCGUGCCAAAUCUCUUUAGCUCCCCCCUCCCCACCUCUCUCCCAGAGCCCCUGACAGCCAGUGAGAUCGCAGCCAAGAAGAACAUGACGAAAGCCAGGAUCACGGACGCUGUGGGGCCCACGGAGACGUCCAUUGCCCCCCGGCAGCGGCCAAAGGCGGCCUCCAGUGGCGUGCUGCCCCUGCACAACUCCUCCGCCACCCCUGUCAAGAUGGGUGUCCCUGCCGCCCCCAUCAGCAACGGCCAGAAAGCUGCCGGUAAUGGCCAGCCCUCUGUGGCGCUCCCGGGCAGCAGCACGGCUCAGCCCAACCGCGUCCUUCAGCAGCUCCAGCCGGGAGACCUGCGUCUGCAGCAGCAGCUUCAAACACACCCCCAAACACACCCACUCACACAGCACACACACACACACCACCUGCCCCAGCACACACAGCAGCACACACACCUUGCCCAACACACACAGCAACACACACACCUUGCCCAACACACACACAUCCAGCAGCAGCAGCAGCAUGGUAUCCACCCACAGCAGCAACAGCAGCAGUCGCCCACACCUCAACAGCUCCAAUACCUCCAGUACCAACAGGCCUUGCAGCAGCACAUGCUCCAGCAGCAGAUGAUGAUGCAGCCAGCAGCAGUGUACCAGCAGCAGGCUCACUACGCAGCCCUGAUGCAGCAGUAUCAGCAGGCCUUUGCCCAGCAACAACAACAACAACAACAACAACAACAACAGCAGCAGCAGCAGCAGCAGCAGCAGCAUCAUCAGCAGCUGCCCUAUCUUGCCACCUCUCCGCUGGAGUUCCAGACGCCCCUGGGCUCCUAUCACCCUGCCACGCCCUCUGCCUCCACCCACACCGCUCUCUCACCUGUGGAGCCUCCAUACACUAACCCCAGUAGAAACCCAGUGGCCCAGAGUCCUGAUGUGCUGUUGUCCCCAACUACCCCGACCGUGAGCCACCCCCCCGACAUGUCCGGCUGGAACCCUUUCGGAGACGACAACUUUUCCAAGCUCACAGAGGAAGAGCUGCUGGACCGCGAGUUCGACCUGCUGAGAGCAAAGAAGCCUGUGGAGAGAACCACUAGCGUGGAGACCAGCGCUGACCGGCAGCCUCAGCAGCCACAGCUGCAGCCGCAGCCGCAGCCCCCCACCCCAUCCCAGCCCCUCCCCGAGGACCCCUUCGGCUCUGUGCCCUUCCUGGCUAGCGCAGGCAAGUUUUAGAGGCCCAACAAACCCCCAUUCCCCAAAUCCACCCAUCCCUCCCUGAAGAAACCACCCCAGCCACCAAGAGCACUUCUUCCUACCACUCUAUACACCUAUGUAAAUGUGUGUGUGUGUGUGUGGGGGGGGGGGGGUGGUGUGGUGUGUGUGUGUGUGUGUGUGUGUGUAUCUUCCACUACCCUGCUCCAGUAUCUAAUUUCUGCCCCCUCUUACCCACUCUACUGUGAGGUAUACCCCCCCCCCCCCCCCCAACACACACACACUUCCCAGAAUCCCUGUGUCCUGUGGAGUGAUGGGUCUGGUGAGGUCAGGUUGGAGGGUGGAACUGGACAGAUACAUAGAGGGAUAAAAAAGAAAGAAACGACAAGGAGAAUUCAUUUACAAAGAAGUGAUUCUGUGAUUUUCAUCUCCUCCGUCAGUCAGGAGUCUCAACUUGCAAAAUAACACACACGCUUACAAUUUUGAUUAGUGCCAGCACAUUCCGUGUGUGUGUGUGUGUGUGUGUGUGCGUGCAAAGUAUGAAUUUGGGAAGGAUACAAAUAUGAAAGGAGCCUGUGUUUUUUCCCAUAUCGGCCCCAGUUGCUGGCCACUUUGUUAGAGAAUGUAAUUAGACAUUGUUUGUUAAGCGUCUUUGUCCUGUUGGCUUUUACAUGCAGACCAAGCCUUAGAAACGGGCCCAGACCCAUAUGGAUGUAUAUCAUGUAGGAUAGACUGACCGCAAUAGACAAGCCCUAUCUCACAAAAUGGCCCAUGUGCUUUAUAAAGUCACUUGCAUCUCUGCACGAGUCCACGCCAACUGUGAGGUAGUUUUUUUGACGCGUUUUUGACACAUUUGGAAAAAGUUGUUUUUUUUAAGUUGUUUUCAGUGCCAAGGGACUUAUGUGUAUGUUGCCAUUGUGUGUGUUUGUUUUUGUUUGUUUGUUUGUUUGUUGUUUUUUUUUACCCAUUUCCUACACCAUGGCUGUGUUUUGGCUUCUGUGGUCUGAUAGCUGGGAGUCCUGGCUUCUUUCUCAGCCCGCCAUCUUUUCCUCCUCUUCCUCUUCAUCCUCUUCCUCUUCCUGUCUUGUGCUUCCUCAGUGCCCAGGCUGAAGCAGGAACAGUGGAGUCUGGUUGACCACAGCAGAGUCUGGUUGACCAUUGCACUUUAUGCUGGUGCGUGUGUGUGUGUGUCACAUGAUGCGCUUUGACUCACUGAGUCCAUAGGCCUGUUGAAGUAGAGUAGGAGAAAAGACAAAAUGAACAUAAAUAUAGAUAGAUUUAAUGUGGAAAUGCAGAGAGUUGUGUUACAGAGAAUGUGGAUUAACUGAGGAAUUCAGUUUGAUGUGGUUACAAGAGAAUGCAUCAUAUUCUGAACCACUGAUUAAGGCCAGUGUUGGGGGUUGAGAUGACCCUUAAGGAGCAAAUGUGAUGGCUCAACCUUGAGUCCAGCCCACUGCUGUACUGGCAGAGUGGUUCCCUGUCAAUCUUGGGGGGACACACUUCAGUGGUAACCUUGUCUCAAGGUCAGUGUGUGUGUGUGUGUGUGUGUGUGUGUGUGUGUGUGUGUGUGUGUGUGUGUGUGUGUGUGUGUGUGUGUGUGUGUGUGUGUAUGUGUGUGAGUGACUGAAUCCAGCGGGCAUGUCAGUGUAUUACACUGUGAAUGGUCAACGUGACUGCUGCAGGGAUCGCUCAGAUGUCAUCACAAGAGAAGGGAGAACUUGAGAAACGGUAGACAAGCAGAAUUCAGCGAAAUCUAGAAAUCGCGUGUGAAUAAACAGAAAAUGAUAUCACAGCAUGUUUUAUCGUCUGUGUGCAGAUGUAUCUCUAACUGGUUUGUCAUUGUGAAAGGGCACACAGGGCAGUCUUUCAGCAGAUUUCUAGAGAAAGAUGUGCGACUCAAAGAGCUCUUCAGGUGAUUACACAGGCUCGGGUGAAACACACCACUUGCGUCAAAAACAGAUGACAUGCUGGCUGCCUUUUUUAAUGCCUUGUUAUGUGUGUAUCGCUGCCUUGUUUACUUUUGUUUGUUUAUUUUGUGAAUUCCUUCAAGUUUAAAGCUGUGAAGAGCAUAUUAGCUGCCAGCUAUCGGGUUGCUCCAUUUAGCUAGAGGUCAGGGGUUGAUGGAGGAUUGUUAGAAGGAGAUAGAAACUGGGCUACCUGACAUAUUGUUUUUUUACUUUAAAUAUCUCUGGAUUUUAUGUGUGAGCUACGCACUAAUUGGAGGUCACUCUUUGUGGAGUGUGGGCAUAGGCUAUACAAAUAGAGAGACGCUGUGUGUGUUGAAAGAACUGGAAAGGACUUGAGAUCUCACAACUGUAACUGCAGGUUGUACCAUAGGGACCUCUCUCUCUGACACUUCUCUCUUUGUUACCUUUCUACAUCUUAUAUUAGCCUGGGGAGUAUUCCAGCAUCAUGAACAUUUUUUUAUUUACCCUGUGUCCUUGAUCUGUUAAACCUUUUGAACGUACAAAACCAUUGGUUUUAUGAACAGGCGUGUCACCAGUUUUUCUUCUUCCACAUGCUAAAAGCUCUCGAAAUUGUGGCUGAUUUUUGAAUCCCUAGUGUGCCAUAGAUAGUUCCCCCAGGUUCUUUUUCCUCUGGUUCUGGUUCCGGUUCUUGUUCCGGUUCUUGUUCUUUUGUGAGGAAAACCUACCCAUAAUGCUGGAUCUCCCCACUAGUGAAUAAGGUGAUGACAUAACCACUCAUAUACCUCAUCCAUCACUAACAGCAAGCUGAACAGGGCGCAGGGCAGUGGCUCGUCAUGCUGGACUCUGUUAAGGACAGAGGUGGGCGUCUCGCUCUUUCACGCUCACUCAUCUCACUCUCACUUUUCAUACAAGCUUUCUGUUUGCCAAAGGUAAGUUGGCCAUGAAGCCAGACAGAAUCCUCCAGCUGGAUUCUAUGCGUUUGUAAUGCACACAUUUUAUUUGUUCUUUUUGUUUGUUUGUUGGUUUGUUUGUUGGUUUGUAUUUGUUUGUUCUUUCAUCUCCUGACGUCAUGAGUUCUGAUUUGUUUCGCAGCAUUUCAGAACCAAGUUGUUUUUUUAUGUUUCGUUUUUUUAUUUGUUUUUCAUUAUGAUUAUUAUCGAUACUCUUGCCAUGUUGUUUUAAGUAAGACAGCCAUUCUCAGAAACAUCUUGUUUGAGUGGGAUAUUGGUGGAAAGAUGGUUUGUACAAGUUGCAUUAAAACAAUAAUGACAAAGAAAAAUGAAAUACUAAUACUGCACUACUAGUGUGUAACAGAAGUGCUUUAACUCAAACCUACAGAACUAGUUGGGUCAGUUCAGAGUCAGCCUAGCAGAGCAGACCGGGUCUCUUCAGACCUGCUUGGGUCAUGAGGCUCUGCACAUACAGUACUUGCUGGGGUCUUGGGGGCUAACGCUAAAGCUAAGUGCUAACAGGUCCGGGUGGUGCUUCCCUACUAAACCAGUUGGGUCUCCAGGCCUCUACUGCACACACACACACACACACACACACACACACACACACACACACACACACACACACACACACACACACACACACUCA